AUGUGGGCGUCGCCAGCUAAGCUGGCACUUACUGCCCGUCCCCAGGUGCCCUUGGCGAAGGCGGUGAUGGGCUGCCUCCUUUUGAUUUUGACCCAGCCACAGGGUUUGUUUCCAAGUCAGGAUGGUAAAUCUGAUGAGUUCAUUGAAACUACAGGAAAUACCAACCUACUCUUCGGGCAUAAAAUGAUCACACAAAUUUACGGCAACAGGAACAAGCCAGUAAAAGUUUAUGUGAAGAUGUACACUGAUAGUCCGUCUCUUCUCUGUACGACUGAGGAACUGUCAGAACAAGAAUUAGUGGAUCCAUAUUUCAUAUGGAUCGGCCCAGCAGGAAGAAACAUAAAAGGGGAGCCCUACGUCAGGAUAUCUGAAACUGGGCGACUUAUACUGAAAUCCUUUGAAAAGUCCAUGUCAGGAGAUUACACCUGUACAGUUUCCUACAAGGAUGUGAAUGAAAACAAGGAGAUGUUUCUUGAUAUGAAGUUCUCAGUGUAUGGUUUUCGUGAACCAGACUACUCAUUUAAGUUCUCAACACGUUACCAUACUUAUGAAUGCCAUGAUCCUGCCAAUUAUCACUUCUUUCGUAAGUUCAGGUCAGUGGAAAAGGAGCUAAUUGCCGACCUGACCUGUAGGAUAACGGACGUAGAGAUGAAAUGCCACGUUGUAAAAGUACCGCGUGAGGGAUUAAUAACUGAACUCUUCAUUACAUUCAAACUGGACCCUUUUGGCUAUGGAUGGGAAGAAAUUUGCAAAAAGUUCAUACACGACUGUGAGGAUGAAACAAACAAAAGGGUGGAGAAGGCACGAAGGCGUAUCGAGGCUUUCUUCGAGAAGCAGAUUAUCGCCCUUAACCAAAUGAAGAACAAGCCUACAUUCUACUACAUUGAGAAUUCCCUGAAAACAACCCAAGUGGAUCAUUGUCGGCCAGGUUUCGGGAAAAACAAGCUAAUUCAUUUGGAUUGUUCUGAAUGCUGUGUGGUGUGUGAUCAUGGAAUGUACAGCCCCAACAAUGAUGUCUACUGUAAACCAUGCUCCAGUGUCAAGAUUAAUUACUAUGGAGCAACAGCCUGCUAACCGGAGCCACCCCCCCCCCCAUCCCGCAAACCCUUGAAAUAUCUAUCUGUGUCCAUCUGCUCUGUUUGUGAGAUCCACAUCGCAGAAACAGCUGGAUCUCCUCUGCCAAUUGGUUGUCAGUAAUGUUUGUGCAAGAUUGAUGUCCCUAUUCUCCCUGCCUCCAAGGUUAGCAUCCAUGAUACUGCCAGUCACCCAAUCAAAUACAGAUUAGCAAACUAUCCAUGAAAGAUUAGGAAGUCUGAGAAACUUCCUUUAAAAUAUCACAGAUUUUGAAGUAAACAAAAUGUAUUUUGAAAAUAAUUCUCCCUAACGCUGAAUGCCCGCUCUCUCAGGGUGUACGUGUCAGUCUGUUGGCAAAUUGAGAUCGUCGGUACGUGUCAGGAAACACAAGAGCCAUCACCAUUUUUACUAAAAUAAUACACCUGGCACCAGCUCUGGAAAAAUGACGGUGCGUAAUGUUCUGUAGCUUUACUGAGCAGACAAGACUGUGAGUGUAGGCCAGCAGCUAUCGUCCUGUCAAAGAUCAGACAUACUUUAACCAAUUUGCUGGCCAAACCUUGAGAACUGAUUUAUCGUGAUCUGCUGUUUCUAAGUUAGUGAAAACAUAGGCAUGUAGUUUGUAAUAAAAAUGUA